GAAACAAAUGAGGGGAAAAAACGGAGUACAAGGGGACGAUGGGCGGGGCUCAAUCUCCCUGCUCCGCCCCGCCCACCUCUUCACGACGAGGAGGACAGAAUCAACACAAUGGAGAGUCAAGCUGCUGGGAGCAAUUCGAAGAGAAAUGUAGAUGUAAGCUUUCAACACCUGUGUGCUGUAUUGGGUUGCAAUUCUCAGAGGAGAUAUGUAGAUGUGAGCUUUCACGUUUUCCCCAAAAACGUUGCAGUGAGAGAGAAAUGGAUUGAAUUUCUCGGUCACGGCAACGUCAAAAAACACACAUGGGUUUGCAGUCAACACUUCACACAAGACUGUUUCUACAACUGGCAGGAGAAAAAAAUGGGCUUCGCUAGCAAGUUGAUAUUGAAGCCGGAUGCAGUGCCUUCCAUCAGGACACAAUUAAGUCGACAGGCUGUUUCUGAACCGCACGAGGAGCACAUGUCCAGAGUCUUCGAUGAGGUCAUGGGGCUGGGGGAGUUUGCAGACUCCUCCAGGGGCUCUGUUUCCUCCUCCAAAAGCAGCGAUCCGAUUGAGCAAAAGGAACUUGACGAGACUUCAGGACACGGAGAAAGCCAGCCAAUGGAAGAAGAUAGCAGCUGCAGAAAACAAGAAGAAAAGGUGAAGGAGGAGGCGGGAGACUCCGACAAACAUUCCUCGUUUCAGAUGAUGACCAGCAAAAGAGGAUCUGGAGGAAGUGGGGGAGCUGCGUCGGACGAUGCACUAGAUGGUCUUCCUGCGUUUGAGCCGGAGGAGGAUGAAAACUGGCAUUAUGCCCUCCCUCUGGGAACUGCGGGGGAUGCCGCCAAGGCCAACUCAAAAACAAGCCAAUGCACCCAGGAUAACACUUCCACCAAAAAAGAUUGUUUUCCGCGUAAACCUGGAGAGGAUGAGGAGGGCGAGCAAGAAAGAGAAGCCAGUCAGGUGUCUGCUAACACGUCCCACUCCUCCCAGGACAACACGCCGGACAACAGCAGAGACGAGGGGAUUUUAAACCAGACAGAGGAAACUGAAGACAGCCAACAGGAAGAAACAUCAGAGACUGCCCCAGUGGAGGAUGGUAACACCCCAGCUUCUCCUGGAAUCACCAUUAAGGACGAACCUGUUGAUGAAGGCUACGAUGCUGCUCUGCUGCCUCAGAGUUCUACCAAACAGAUUAAGGAGGAGCUGGACCAACAAGAGGAAGAGCUAAGAAUCAGCUCCGUCUACUCUGUAGGAGGAGCGAACACCUUCACAUCCAAUACAAUUCCAGCAGCUGUCUCCGCUCCAGCUCAGACUACCAUUUUCAUCCCUGGAAGAGGAGCUGUCCUCCAGGCCAUGACUUCCCUUCCUGUCAGGCAGCCAGCUCCAGUUGCACGGCCGAUUCCCACUCUGACCAUGAUACCACAACGCCCACCCCCACCUCAGAUGGCUGGAAGUGUUCGCUGCAGCGGCUGCUCCAAGGUUCUGCUGAAAGGCCAAACAGCAUUCCAAAGAAAAGGGUCAACGCAGCUUUUCUGCUCCACUGUCUGUCUGACAGGCCACCUUCCUCCAGCCGUUAAGAAUCGAAACUGUUUCCAGUGCAACAGGGAAAUUGCUCAACCGAGAGACAUGAUCACUAUCCCAGCAGAAGACAACACGUUGAUGUCCUUCUGUGGCCAGUUCUGUCUGUCUGUCUUCAGACACAGAAAGAAAACCAUUGACAGGAUCCCUGACAAAUGGCCGGAUAAACGAUUGGAGAAGAAGCCCGAAAAGCCCCUGGAGAAACCCCUGGAUCGCCUGCCCGAAAAACUGUUCUGUAGUGUCUGCAAAAUCACCAAUAGACAAAUUGAACAUGAGGUCACCCAUCAAGGAAGACUGCACAGACUUUGUAGCGAUGCCUGUUUUGUGACCUGGCGUAAGCUGCGACAGUUAUCAAUGAAUUGCUGUGAAGGCUGCGGACUUUACUGUAACAGCAACUCUGGUUCCAGUAACACACUCAGCAUUGAGAGAUCUCACCUCAACUUCUGCAGUCCAACCUGCAUCGGCACCUACAUACACACCUGCAAGAAGACAACGGAGUGCGGCAAUUGUCACAAGAUAGCAGUAGUGUCCUCUACCAUCAUGGAACGGGACCAGAAGGGCAAAAUUCGGCUUUACUGCUCUCGCGAAUGCGUGGAAGACAGUCGACCUCGGCUGCAAACCCUUGUUGGUGCUCCAUUCCCAUGUAGUCUUUGCAAAGUGUCGGCUGUUCCUCAGUAUCACCUGGCCUUGUUGGACGGCACCAUCCGAAAUUUCUGCUCCUACAACUGUGUGACGACGUACAGGAAGUCCGGUCCCCCGUCCCAGCCAGACCUGAGCAAUGGAACCUCCUCUUCAAAGGACCCCCCCUCCAAAGAUCUCUCCAAACAGGGGUCCUUUGCUGUGGCCAGCUCUGUCCCUCCCAUUCCCCAAGAUCACUCCUCUUUAGUCCCAUUCCCCGGUCAUCAUCCCAGUCACUCUUCAGUGCCUCCACUAGUGCCUCCCCCCUCUGCCAUGUCCUCCACCAUUCUCCCAGGACAAACUCAGGCCAUCUCUUCGUCGGCUCAGCUCCCAAAACUGGCAGAGGGGGGGCGCAAAGACGCUAUCAAGCUCACCUGCAAUCAGUGCAACAAGCAUUUCAACACCAAACCCCUGCUGUUCAGUCACCAGGGUCACAUUUCUCUGCUGUGUAGUGUUGCCUGUUCUGAGAAGUAUAAAAUAGAAAAAAACAUCCUUGCGUUGUGCGAUGGCUGCAAGCAGGAGAAGGGGCUUUUUGACACCAUCACCUACAACCAGGAGGAGCUUUUCUUCUGCAGCGAAAACUGUAAGGUGCUCUUCAAGCACAACUUGACCUUACGUAACAAGGAUCACACCUGGCAUUCCUGCUCCUACUGCUCUGGUUUCAGCUCCAAGAUGCUUCACAGUCACUAUGGAGGCAAAAUCGAGCAGUUCUGCAAACCUCACUGCAUGUCCCAGUACACGGUUCUGCAUUAUGGGAUGAGUCGAUGUGAUAGCUGCAGGAAACAGGGCUAUUUGACGGAGAUGCUGCAGUGUUUGGGUUCGGUCCGCAACUUCUGCAACAUGUCCUGCCUGCUGCAUUAUUGCUUCCUUUAUUUUGAGAUGAGCCAACAUGCUAACAGUAACGGCACAGGAACCGCCGCACAGACGCCAUGCACUCCCACUCAGCCUCACCACUCCUCAAAGAUGAAUCCCGUCAUAGCCGACGUGGUCUCAUUGGCCAAUGGCUCUGCCGCUCAGCCCAGCAUGUUUGCAGACACGGCCAUGACAGGAGCACUUCCAACCUCCAACAUAGAUGGCAGGAACCUGGAUCACGCUAGCACUCAGACCGACGCCACGCGCCCACCAGCACACCGCCGCCGUCAGAUGAAGAACAAGUCGGUUUUGUGUCGACCCUUCACUGUGGACCAAGAAAUCAUGUGCCAGCUGCCUGAAGCUUGCACUGAAUCUAGAGAUGUGGAGAAGGUGAAGGUGGUAAUGUUUCCCGUGCCGGUGCCGGUCUACAUUCCAGUGCCUGUGAACGUGUACUCCCAGGACAUGCCGGUUCCAGUGGUUAUCCCCAUACCUGUUCCAGUCCCCAUCGCGGUUCCCCCACAGACCAAGGAGAUGACGGAUGCAGCAGUCCAGUCAGAGGUCGUCGCUGCUGAUGAAGAGAAACAGGAAAAGGAGUUUGCUUCCUGUGCAGUCCAGAGUGAUGCUUCUUGUUUUGGAGGCGUUGAGCAGACUCAUAAAGCAGGUCAAAUGGACAAGAGCUCAGACUCAGCUGAGUCUCAGCCUGACAACCAAUCAGAGACGAGCACGGGAAAGAGCGACUCCUCCGCCCCCAACGCCAAAACUGAAGCCCCCCCCUCUCCACUAAUGGACUUAGAAAGUGACUUUCCACUUGAACUGUUGGAACAUAAGCCGCCUGUUCUUCAGCGAGGAGUGAAGAGACCCAGAGAGGGUUCCUUCAGCCGCAAACGGGGUCGCAAGCGGGCUGCUUCAGCGGAGAGCAGCGCUUUAGCUGCUCCAGCGACUUCCACCAUCAACCAUCUGUACGGACUCAAAGCCUGGAAGAACUGGGUCCACCAGUGCAGGCAGCAGCCACAAGAAUCCUGUUCACUGGAUUUUAAAGAAGACAUCCUUCAGUACGACUCCACAGAGCUCAGCUUUGCUCUGUCUCGCUUUAUCAAAGAACUACGCCGGCCAAAUGGAGACACCUAUAGUCCCGACAGUAUCUUCUACCUCUGUUUAGGAAUACAACAGUAUAUUUUCCUGAAGGGCCGUAUUGAGAACAUUUUUACAGACGAGCUGUAUGGUCAGUUUGCCAGUGAAAUCAGUGCAAUGCUUCAACUCUGGAAACCCAAGCUGCUGCCGAAUGGUGGGGUUGUUCCAUCCAGAGUGGAGGAAUCCUUUCUGUGGGAGUGUAAGCAGCUAGGUGCAUACUCACCUAUCGUCCUGCUCAACACGCUUCUGUUCUUCUGCACCAAAAAGUUCCACCUGACCACCGUGGAGCAACACCGGCACUUGUCCUUCUCAAACUUCACUCGGCGCUCUAAACCCUGCAAUCGUGCUGGAAAAGUAUGUUACCUCCACUACAGGCGAAGCACGACUAGCCCUGAUCAAACAGUGCUCUUUAGAAAACAGCGGUUGAAGGAGGAAGACCUGGAAAUGUUAGAAAAUGUAACCUACCCCCUGCACUGUCCAGUGCGGCUUUAUGAGUUCUACCUGUCCAGAUGCCCAGAAUCUGUGAGGGAUCGAACGGAUGUUUUUUAUCUUCAACCUGAGAAGAAUGUGCACACAGACAGCUGCCAUUGGUACAGUCCUCAACCCCUGGAUGCUGCUAUUCUGCAGACCAUGCUCACUCGUAUCUUAGCUGUGAGGGAGGUUCAGCAGGAGCUGGAAGCUGCCCGCCAUCGGUGCUCCACAGACGGUGAUGCUGAAUGACUCCCAGCGCACCUUGAGUCGUCGCUGUGGCGGAGGAAAACGCACAUCUUUAGAAAAGCAAGACAAUAGGUCAAAAUCCCCAAAAAGGCAAAUGUUGGAGAGAACUUGUGUUUUGGCAUUUCAGAGAGCAGCUAAUAUGAACAGAAACCCCGUUGAGUUAAGACCGAUGGUUUGCAGACUAUGAAGAUGGAGGUUAAAGGUCAUUUAUGAAUCCACUUCACCACAUUUCUAUUUUCUAACCCUUAGAUGCAUUAAAGGGUAAAAGUGUCACAAUAAAUUUAUAUUCUUACCUUUUGAAAGAAAACAAAAAGUAUUUCCAAACUUUUUCCCCAAAACACUGUCAUUGUUAGAAUUCCUUUGAUAUUAUUUCAAUUCUUCUAUAUAUUUAGCAAAAAUGUGAAUGGAAAUGAUUUUCAUUACUAAACAUUUAGCUUGCAUUGUUUGAUCUAAAGGAACUCCUUUUGUUUCCUACAGGAUUUCAAAAAUUCCCAUAAACCAUCUAAUGAUCUGAAAUAAGGUCAUAUUCUGGCUGCCUGUCAUUACCAGGAUAGUUUCAUGGUUGUCUGCAAUAAUCAGAAAAUGGUUGCAGCAACAACUUCUACAUGUGUGUAGAAUUGUCACCACACAC